CGAUGGAAGGACCAAAUUACAAGUCAAAGCAAGCCACAAGGAGGUGCAGCUCGCCAGUUCACACGGCACGAUGGCUGCCGAACCCGACGUCACCAGGGACUGAGGACUGGGGUCGCGACCAGGCUUGCAAGCGACCCAACAUGCGGGUGCUCGCUUGCAACAAUGCGAUUGAUGAAAUAUUGAUGAACAAGGCGGGUGAGAAAGUGUAUGGCAAUGUCCAUAGCUGGUCGAUCGAGUUGCAAGGCAGGAAGAGCGGAUGGUUAGGGCAGCUCAAUCUAAGCGGAAGAAGCUCCCAGAUUGUCGAGGCAAAACUUCGGAAGUGGGGAAGGAGCUCUAGGUGCAUGCUGUUCAUAGUCGAUGGCGGCAGGAGCAGAAGAGGCCGUCAGUUCUGUUGUUCAGAACAAGCGAAAUGCGAAUUCAAUCUGCGCUUGUCGCAGCAGCUGGCUUGGUCCUGCCAGCAUGUCAGGCCGUCUUUGUCGAUGAUGCUUGGAAAGUAGAUUGGCAUCUCGCCCUCGUCGGCGCACCCCAGGAACAGACGACCUUCUUCCACCAGCCCGUCGCCGCGUCCAAAGCCUCGCUGCUCUACACCCUCUCAGACAAGGCGAUCCUCGGAGCCGUCAAUCCCAAAGAUGGCUCAUUGCGAUGGCGCCAACAACUCUCCCCUACAAACAAUUCGACCUCGACAUUCCUCCGCGCUGCCCAGGACCAGAAUCUCGUCAUCAGCGCCGUCGAUGGCCAAGUUGCCGCAUGGAGUGCUGCCGAUGGUCGCCAAGCAUGGUCCUUUGAUCUGGGAGGAGCCAGUGUGAAAGAUUUGGAGAUUGUCGAGAUCCCCGAGGUCAACGAGCAGGGUGGAAGCAAGGAUGCCAUCGUCCUGACCGGAGGACCUCUGCCCACUGUCCAGAGACUCGCUCGCCAGGACGGUUCUUCCAAGUGGCUCUUCAGAGACGAGAGUGGAGAUAGUCCUUUCCAGCUGUCCGUCUCGUCCACGCACAUCUUCUACAUUUCCCUGCACACUUCAAUGCUCGGAGGCUUCAAGAUCAAGGUUGUUUCCUUGGACCCUGUUACUGGACACAAGAUCGACCAAUACACUUUGACCACUGAAAGCGAUCUUGCCUCUCCUGCCGAGAUCCUGUCUGUUGGCGCCAACUCUGCCUCCCCUAUUAUUGCCUGGACCGACAAGGCCCGCUCCACGCUCAAGAUCAACGUUAUUGGCUCCAAGACCGUGUCUACCUUCAACGUUGACGCUGCUCAAGACGUCAUCCGUCUCUCGCUUCAUGCUCCCUAUCACGUCAAUGCCCAGCCCCACUUCCUAGUCCACUACGAGACUCGUUCUCAGAACUGGGCUGAAGUCUACCAUGUCGAUCUUGUCAAGUCUACCGUCUCCAAGGCCUACUCGCUCCCCAAGCUUACGGGCAAGGCUGCCUUCUCUGUCAGUACCUCUGAGGCCAAUGUAUACUUUACUCGCGUCUCAGAGUCGGAGGUGACGGUCGUCUCUUCUGCUUCACAUGGUGUGUUGGCACGAUGGUCCUUGAAGGCCGCUGCUGGUAUCACUCUGCAAGGCGAUCAUGCUCCGCUUCACGCCGUCUCUGAAGUCUCGGUCAAGUCUGAUACCGUUUCUGCCGUACGCUCUGCUGUCUACCUGGCAUCUGGCGAGUGGAUUCUCAUUCGCGACGGAACUCCGGUUUGGGAACGACCCGAGGCACUCAGCAGCAUCAAAUCCGCUGUUUGGGCGUAUCUUCCUGCCCCCGAAGGUCUUGUCCACGAGCUUCAGAUCGAAGGUCACUCUAACCCCGUACAAGCUUACAUACACAGAGUGACAAGACAUAUCGCAGCCUUGGAGUCUCUUCCUGCUUAUCUUGCAGCUCUGCCUGGUCGUAUCGCCGGCAGCGUAGGCCUUGGAUCGUCUGAUGCCGAUCUAGACUCUACUAACAUCUUUGGCUUCCACAAGAGAGUUAUUUGCGCUACUGAAAGUGGCCGCUUGAUUGCUCUAGAUGCAGGUAGUGAGGGCAGCGCCGUUUGGAACGUCAAGAUCGUCAACGACGCAGCUCCCUCUCCCUGGCAGUCACCCAAGCUCACUGCUCGCCCAGAUGGCACGAUCUUGGCAACCAGUGUUGACGGAAGCCAGCACAGACUCUUCAACGCAUCCAACGGAGCCGAGGUGGCCUACACCAGAUCUUUGCUAUCGUCAGAUCUGAGCCUCGAUGUUAAGUAUGCCUACGGCUUGAAGAAUGGUAAGGUCGUGGGUGGGCCCAUUGCUGAGGCCGCAUCAUGGAAAUUCUCACCUGGUAAUGGAGAGGAAGUCUACAGCAUGACCCCCCGUCCGCUUGACGACCCUGUUGCCUCUAUUGGAAAGGUUUUGGGCGAUCGCAAGGUACUCUACAAGUAUCUUAACCCCAACACUCUUCUGGUCAUCACUUGCUCAGACAAGACAAUGUCAGCCACAGUCAGUGUACUUGACGCCUUGUCAGGAUCCGUGGUCUACGUUGCUUCACACCAAGGAGUUGACACGACUUUGCCCAUCGCUUCGACCAUGUCUGAGAACUGGUUCGCUUACUCCUUUGCUUCUCAACCAACAGCAGAUGGUGUCAAGGGUUACCAGCUCAUUAUCGGAGAAAUGUUCGAGUCGCCUUUUUCAAACGACAGAGGACCUCAAAACGCCGCCAAGAACUCUUCAGAAGCUGAUUACAGCUAUCAGCCUCAUGUAAUCGCGCAGUCGUACCGUAUUCGCGAGCCAAUUUCCAAGCUCGCUGUGACACAAACCAGACAGGGAAUCACUUCAAGAGCAUUGUUGGCUGUUCUGCCAGAGUCCAAUGCUGUCAUUGGCAUUCCUCGCCAUGUGAUCGACCCACGCAGACCUGUCGGAAGAGAUGCCACCAAAGACGAGAUGAUGGAGGGACUGAUGCGCUACACACCAGUCCUCGAAUUUGACCCCAAAUGGUAUCUCAACCACCAGCGCGAGAUUUACGGUGUCAAUGCUAUUACGACCAGCCCAGCCGUGCUUGAAAGCACUAGUUUGGUAUUUGCUUAUGGUCUGGAUAUAUUCAGCACUAGAAUUAGCCCGAGUUUCUCCUUUGAUAUCCUCGGCAAGGACUUUAACAAGCUCCAGAUGCUGGCAACAGUAGCAGCACUUGCUGUAGCCACUGUCGCUGUUGCACCCCUAGUAUGUCGCCUUGCCCGAUAUCUACCUACACAUACUGACUAUACUUGCAGGUGAAACGUAAGCAAAUCAACACUAGAUGGCAGUUCCUGUAGGGCUGGAUAAGAGAUCACAUAUAGAGGCUUUCCAAUGU